GGGGCAUUGCGCCAGGGAAAGGACGGCGGAACGCACGCGCAACAUUUGUGUUGUUGUUUGUGGCGGUAAGAUGGCGGCGCUCGGAGAUUCAUCAGCUCCGGGGGUGAAUGGGUUAAUACAACAAUUCACAGCAAUCACAGGAGCUACAGAGAGUAUAGGAAAACAUAUGCUGGAAGCAUGCAACAACAACCUAGAGAUGGCCGUCACCAUGUUCCUGGAUGGAGGUGGCAUCGCCGAGGAGCCCAGCACCAGUUCUGGAUCUGCGGCGGCUUCGGGCAGCAGAGCUCCACCUGAAGAUGAAGUACGUGCGCCGAUUCCCCAAAAGCAAGACAUAUUGGUGGAGCCGGAGCCACUGUUCGGAGUGCCAAAACGGAGACGUCCUGCACGCUCCAUCUUCGAUGGCUUUCGGGACUUUCAAACGGAAACAAUCCGACAGGAACAGGAGCUGAGGAACGGCAGCACGGUGGACAAGAAGCUGAGCACCCUGGCAGACCUUUUCCGCCCCCCCAUCGAGCUCAUGCAUAAAGGAAGCUUUGAAACGGCGAAAGACUGCGGGCAGCUGGAGAACAAGUGGCUGAUGAUCAACAUCCAGAACGUGCAGGACUUCGCCUGCCAGUGUCUGAACCGGGACGUGUGGAGCAACGAGGCCGUGCGGACCAUCAUCAGAGAGCACUUCAUCUUCUGGCAGGUGUAUCAUGACAGUGAAGAGGGCCAGAGGUACAUCCAGUUCUACAAGCUAAACAAGUUUCCCUAUAUUUCGAUUCUCGACCCUCGGACAGGUCAGAAGAUGGUGGAGUGGAACGAGUUAGACGUGGCGUCGUUCCUGGAGCAGGUCACGGGCUUCCUGGCCGAGCACGGCCAGCUCGACGGGCCGUCGUGCAACGCUCCGCCCGCCAAACGAGCGCGCUCCGAGAGUCUGAUCGACGCCAGUGAGGACAGCCAGCUGGAGGCGGCCAUCCGGGCGUCCCUGCAGGAGACCCACUACGAGUCCGCCGCCCUGGACGUCCCCGUCUCCCCCCAGUCGGAGGCGGAGGAGGACUCGGAGGCGGAGCCCUUCUCCGACAGCGAGGGCCUCAUCUCCAUCGACGGCUCCGACAACGACGCGCCCGAGCCCCCCGUGCAGCAGAUGCCCGCGUCGUCGUCGACCUCGUCGAGCCGACGGCCCGCUGCCGCCGCCGCCGCCGCCGCCGCCGCCGCCGCCCCUCCCACCUCCUCCUCUUCCUCCUCUUCCUCCUCGUCCGCCUCCUCCACCCCGCAGCCGCUCGGUUCCAACAGCGCCCCCGCCUGCCACAGGAAGUCCCCGCGCAAAGAGCACAGCCACAGGAAGGAGGAGAGCAAAAAGAACCACCUAGAGCGGCCGGCGGAGGCGGCGCUGGCGGCCCGCACUAACUCUGAGCCGCCGGCGCCGCUGCCGGGGGAGAACCACUGUUCCACGGCGGCCCAGAGCACGGCGCCGUCAGGCGCCGCCAGGCCCUCGGACUCGGACGGACCCGACGCCGACGACGGUCCGAAGGCCAGGUUGAUGCUUCGCUACCCGGACGGUCAGAGAGAGCAGAUUGCACUGUCUUCCAAAGCCAAAUUGAUGGCCCUGGUCAGACACGUCCAGUCUAAAGGUUAUCCCAAUGAACGCUUUGAGCUCGUCACCAACUUCCCCAGAAGGAAACUCGCACACUUGGACUACGACAUGACCCUGCAGGACGCUGGGCUUUGUCCACAGGAAACUGUGUUUGUGCAGGAGAGGAACUAGCUUACUUAAUUGACCACCCGCCCCCCACUCCACCCUUCAACACAUGCACCCAUCCUCUGAUAGAUCCUCUACUCAUUACAGAUGAUUGGCCAGGGAUCAUGUCAUUGGCCUUAUCCCUUUUUAACACUUUUUUUUUUUUUUUUUUGUCGAAAUUAGGCGCUCUAUUACUGGGACAUGUUUGAGUGGAUGGACUGAUUACCUUUUUUUCUCUCCCCCAUUACUUUUCCACUGGCUUGAAUACCGAUGUACUCUACUGGCAGCCUAAACCUUUUUGUAGUGUGAAACAUAUGGCCAGUCAGGUGUUGACACCAGCAAUCUCCAAAAUGUGGUUCUACAGACCCCUUGUUAUUUUUCGUCAUGUGUAUUUCAUCUCGACCAACCCUGUAUUUUUGUUUUUUCAUCGCCCCGACUCGUUCCAACUGUUAUCCAGAUGGAACACAUUUGAUAACGUUCAUAUAAAGUUCCAUGCAUCUAACAAGAGAGGGGAUAUUUGAUGAGACACUGCAGAGCCACUGGAUUUCACCAGUGUCUGUGGUGUCAUCUCUUACUUUCCGGCUGUUUGUAACAGUUUUUCUGUACCUGGGAGGGUGAUGGAAAGAAAGGCUUUUGUAAGCAUCUGUUUGUACCAAAUGUUACCGUUGUAGUUAUUAAGGCGAGGGGGACAUGGAAACAAUGGUUCUGUGAAUUGGAAAGGACUUUAAACGUGUCUCACUAUCCCCAGCGAAGAACUGAAGAUCUCGGAAGAUCGGUAGAUCUGCACAUUUGUACUCGAGUUUCUAUUGGUUCAUUUUAGACUAGAAGAUGAGAUUUGAGAGUUUCUGCCUUUUGAUACAAAAGUGAAUGAAUGAGGAGCUGUUCAUAUCAUUGAUCAGUCCUGCUUUGUACAGGCGUGGUGUAGAGAUGAUAUUUAGUUGUAGUAAUUGUUCAUUCAGUUUUUUUUUUCUUUUUUUUAUAUGUUCUGCCAGGCAAAUAUGCUGAUGCUGAAAUAUAAUCAUCGAAACCAAAAUAAA